GUCAAUCUCCCCUCACUGCCUUUGCACUCAAGUGCGUCGUUUUUGUCACUGCGCUGCACUGAAUUUCAAUUCUAACUCAGUUUAAUGUCAAAUAAAUGUGUUUUUCAGCUCAUCCUUCCAGUCGUGGUUGCUAAUAGCCAGACCUAAGGGAUGGAGACAGAGAGGGAGGAAGAGAGAGAGUGAUAAAGAGAGACUGCUGAUCAUAAGACUCUGCAGCCCCCAGCCUUCCCUCUGUUGCUGCUUCAGUAGGUGUGAAGGCAGCAGAAGAGGCGGCAGAGCUGCUGUUGGUUUCGGAGAGUGCUGCGCAGAGAAUCAAACCAGUAAACCCGCUGGUGUGUGUCCAGCGUGAGCAUCUUAGACGCCGUUCCCAACACCCGGACUCCGACACACAGGUAAACCUGUGACCACCAAAGAAGUUUGCUUAGAGGAGCAUGUUGUGACAGCCAUGUCUCUGGAGAUGGAAAAGACCAUCACCAAGCUGAUGUACGACUUUCAGCGGAACUCCACCUCGGACGAUGACUCUGGAUGUGCACUAGAGGAGUAUGUCUGGGUUCCUCCUGGUCUCAGUCCUGAGCAGGUGCAUCAAUAUUAUAACGCACUACCAGAGGAAAAGGUGCCCUACAUCAACAGCCCUGGAGAAAAAUAUCGUAUCAAACAACUGCUUCACCAACUGCCCCCACAUGACAAUGAGGUACGCUAUUGUAAUGGACUGGAAGAAGAGGAGAAGAGGGAACUGAAGAUCUUCAGCACUCAGAGGAAGAAGGAUAACCUCGGAAGAGGCAACGUCCGACCUUUCCCCCUCACCAUAACUGGAGCUAUCUGCGAUCGGUGUGGAGAUCAGAUAAAUGGAGGCGAUAUUGUGGUGUUUGCUGCCAGGGCUGGACAUGGACAAUGUUGGCACCCUCAGUGCUUUGUGUGUGGCAUGUGUGAAGAACUACUGGUGGAUCUCAUCUACUUCUACCAAGAUGGAAAGAUCUACUGUGGCCGGCAUCAUGCUGAAAGGCUGAAACCUCGCUGCUGUGCCUGUGAUGAGAUCAUCUUCGCUGAUGAAUGCACCGAGGCAGAAGGCAGACACUGGCACAUGAAGCACUUCUGUUGCUACGAGUGUGAGACCACCCUCGGAGGCCAGCGCUACAUAAUGAAAGAUGGACGACCACACUGCUGCAACUGCUUCGAAUCCCUUUAUGCGGAAUACUGUGACGCGUGUGGCGAGCACAUAGGAAUCGACCAGGGCCAGAUGACAUACGACGGACAACACUGGCAUGCAACCGAAGAAUGUUUCUGCUGUGCCCGAUGCAAACGCUCUCUGCUGGGUCGUCCCUUUCUACCGAAGCAAGGGCAAAUCUUUUGCUCACGCUCCUGCAGUGCUGGACAGGACCCAGAUGAAUCGGACUCAUCAGACUCGGCUUUCCAGAGCGCUCGUUCCCGAGAGUCCCGCCACAGUACCAAGGUCGGCAAGAAGGAACGCAGAAAUGCCGAGCAGGAACGAAGAAGUGCUGAAACACGUCAGACGGCUCCUCCACCGAUGCCUGAUCGGCUUUCAGCUGAAAUUGAUCCAAUGGCGGUCCAGAUGGACCGCUUGAGCCUCUCAUCUAGUCAGACCCCUAGCAGGACACCUAACCGUACACCAAGCCGCACUCCAAGCCGGGCACCCAGCCUCAACCAGGUGUGGAUGAGCCGAGAUGACCCGUAUGUUCCUGCUGCCUAUGAAGGUCCACAAAGAGAACCUUCUCCCACACCAGCUUCUAUUCACAUGAUGGGUCAGUGCAAUGCCCGGCAAGGCUAUAAUCCUAAUGCAAACGCUCCGCCUCCAGCCCAGAGUCCGGUCAACCCAGGACCGAGGCCUGAUUCUUGGGGGAAGGAACAAAGCAAUCCCAAGAGAGCUCCAAUGGCUGCCCUGAGAGGCCAUUCCUUCAAUGACAACUGGAUGCAUCAUAGCCAGGAUGAAUUCAGGCCAAAUAAACUGCGCACACAGAUGAGUUUCAAUGAGAUGUCAAGCCAAAACCAAGGAAUCUCUGACAAGAGGAGCAUUAGCCUCCAUGGGUUUCAGAGAAAUGGAAGGCCACCACUAACCAGAAGGAACCCCAUCAAUGCCAUGAGCUUUAAUGAACCACUUACUCCUUUAGAGCAGACUCCUCGAGGAUCCAUGGACUCCAUCACCAUGUCUAAUGCUACAGCAGGAAAUUCUUUGGAUGGGGUCACUAAGCGCCAAGAACACUUGUCCAGGUUCUCCAUGCCUGACUUGAGUAAAGACUCCGGUGUGAAUGUAUCAGAGAAGAGCAACAUGGGAACCCUGAGCUCGUCUGUCCAGUUCCACAGCACAGAGUCCCUGUCCUCUUCACGUCCCUACAACAACAACAACAAUAUGUACACACCACUUCAGGUGGGAUACCCACUGCAAUAUUGGGAUGGGCCACAGCCACUCAGCUUCGAUGGUAAAGCUCGGAUUGGAAUCAUGGGCAGCAGUGGAAACCUGCGGAUGGCCCCGAUGAGCGAUAGAAUGCCUCGCCGACACAUCAGUAUGCAGGAAUCUGUUUCCCAGAAACAGCAGCCACAACCCAGGCGUCGCAAGCAUCAUCGAGGCAAUAACAGCAACAGCCAGCAUCGCAGUGGACGCCACCACAAGCGCUCCCGCCGCUCACGAUCCGACAAUGCCCUCCAUUUGGCGGCUGACCGGCCAACCCAACUGAUGGAGCUACCUUACAGACGUGUUCAGGAAGAUUAUGACCGCUUCCCUUCAGGACAUGCUGGUAGAGAAUUGUACGGUCUAGACCCAGGUGGUUACAGGCAGCAACCUCACCGGCCAGGCCCUCGCACCACUUCUGAUCUCACCUUGCAAAAUGCUGGCUGGCAGCCGGUAGGACUUGGUGGGCAAUGCUGGGGUGAUGGAUACACCGAGGCUGCUGACCCAUGGUGCUCCAGCUGCUCGUCAUCCUCCGAAUCAGAAGCAGAUGAAGGUUAUUUCAUGGGUGAACCAAUUCCUCGACCAGUGCAGCUGUGCUACAUCAACAAUGAAGAGCUGCGCCAUCGCUACAGCCCUUCUGGAAUCCCAGGCCACCACGGACCUCUUCACGGCCCGAUUCAUGGCCAGCUCCACAACCGCCAACGGAGAAAGAGCAAAAACUGCACAAUUUCAUAAGGCCACGGCAACAGAAAGGCAUAGUCCGGAGAGAGAAAGCAAUGAAGAAAGGAGUAACAAACAGGAGAAACAGAGAGUGUGGGAAGUUAAGUGAGACAGCUGACAGUGAAAGCUAAUACUGUGUGUGUGUGUGUGUGAGUGUUCGUGAGUGUGGUGGGGUGAAGAGACAAAAAGGCCUAUUUUUUUGUUCUUGUUCGCUUACACAACCUGGGUAGUGUUUGUGUCCACCUACACAGAAUGAUCUAAUCAUGAGAGGAAGCUUCGCUGGGUUACACAAGCGAAAUGUUUACAUUGAUGAAAAUCAAUUUCACUGGUGGAUUCAGGACACACUGAUCAUUUGACUGCUAUAUAUCCCCACGAUCAAGGUAAAUAACCAGAUUUCUGUGCGUGUCUGUGUGUGUCCAGUGUAUGGUGGAGCAUUUAUUUAUGGGAAUGAGGUGGCUCACAAAACGAGAUUAUUCCUGUUCAGGUCACUGUUCAGAGAUUGGUACCCAGGGUGGGAUGCCUAUUACGGAUGGACAAAACAGGAAAGGAGCUGUAUCAUCAGGAUAGCAAAGUACUAGUUGCCGAGCUGUGCCAUCGUUUACCUCAGUGGGAGCCAGAAUAUAGUGUUGGCUUGCUAGCCUUGCUAUCACCUUGUACAAAUAGUCUGUCGAAGUGUGUGCUCUACAUAGCCAACUGCUUUAUCGAGGACUGAGCGCCGGCAGUCUCAUCUCCUUGAACAUUCAGGCACAGUUAUGUCAGGUUUGGUCCCGUUUUCUCUUCUGCAACACGCUUUGUUUUAUUUACUUUCUCGAGAGUACCUAAACAAGUAAGGUUAAAGUGAAUAUCGUUAACAAUAGAAAUAACAAUGCAAACAAUAAUUAUAACCACUAUAUUAAAGUAAAAUACCUGUUAAAUGUAUAUAUAGAAAUAAACUUGAUAAAGUGAUGGAUGUAGUCAUGUAAAUGUCAUGUACAUAUUGUCUUAAAUAUUUAUAUAUUUUGUAACUACAGAAUCAAUAUUUGUACAACAUGAUGUAGGGGUAGAGCAGAGUUGCAUGUCACUUUGUUGUUGUUGUCACAUACUGAAAAUAAAGGAUACUUCAAUAAACAAUCGGU